UGUCAUCAUGUCGUCCACGAACGGAGUUGGUAAUGGAACGAUCUACAUGCUGCAAGCGUUGGUGCUUCUUUGGACGAUAACGGUAGUGUCGGCCAAUAAGCGAUACUGUGGUGCGGAGCUGGUGAAGGUUCUCUCCUUCCUGUGUGACGAGUUCCCUGAUCUACAUACCUCGAGCAAGAAGGCCGUCGAUACCUUCAUGAAGUCGGACAUGAACAACGACGAGUGGAUGAACACGGACGAUGCCACACAGCAACAGCAGCAGCAGCAGCAGAUGAUACUGGACCAGCAGCUGCAAUCGGUCGGCAUGAUGGACGAUCGUGCCACCGUACCGGCCUGGAUGACCAUGGUUUACCCAUCGAACUAUAUGUACCGCCAUGGAGCAGGACACAACGACCUGAUACCGGCACGAUUCCGCAAGAGUCGCGGAGGAAUCGUAGAGGAGUGCUGUUUGCGACCGUGCGGUAUGAGCCAGCUGCUGCAGUACUGCAAAAAAGUUAGCGCGUUCUAAGUCACUCGAAUC